CAACCAUAGGGAACACUAUAGUUAGCUCAAUGCACGGCCUUGUGAAACUGAAGAUAAGAAGCACAUUUAGUUUGGUUGUUUAUUCAAAAGCAGCAAAGAGCAGAUAUAAACCUUAUAUAAAUGUACAAAAGGAAGACAAUCACUUUGCUUUUGAUUUUUAUGAAAUUUUCUAUAAUGUUCAAGAAUGUGGACUCUUCCAAUAAUCAUCCUUGCCCAGCUGCCUAUGUUGGAGAAUCUUACCAAUUGCAUUGUCCAGCGGUGAGCAACCAAGAAAAAAGCUUGAUCGUCUGGAAUCGAGAUGAUUCACAGAAUCGAUCCUAUGGGGAAGUUAGUCGAUGCUACUUCAAUUCCACCUGCUUUACCAAGAAUACAUCUCGUAUCUAUGUCAACGCUACAUCAAGUUGGAAGUCGCCAUACUCUUACACGAUACGAUCUCCAACGUCACUGAGGAUGAUAGAGACACAGUCAUCUCCUGUGCUGCCAUCUACGAUACAUCGUCACCAUCUAAAUCAGAGACCAUAAUGUCUUGCCAACUUCCUGUCCUUACUGAACCGCCAUCUUGCCAAGCCUCAUUGUAUAUGCCAGAUGUAUCAAUCGUCUGCUAUUUCCCAAAAGUCCAUCCAAGGGUCAAAUGUGAAUUCGGGUACGAGAAAAAUGUUUUUCAACCGGAAGUGCAGGUAGAUUACGAAGUGAAAACGUUAACACAUGCUUUACCUGACUAUUACAAAAUAACAUGCAAAGGUUUGUUGAAGUUUGAAGCCCCUUACCAAACAAAAUAUUAUGUAAGAUUCACUCCGAUUUACUUAACGGACAUGAUAGAAGAUGGGGAUAAAAACCAAAGUCGGGUCGAAGAGGUCGCUCUUACAAUGUCUCCUAAGCUGGUCAUCAACAGUCCACCUUACAUUACCAUUUGUCCACCCAGUUUGGCUAAAAAUGUGUCUGUUUACUGUUCUGUUACUUCUUUGUCCCCAAGAGUAAUUCUAGAUUUGUUAGUUGACAAUGUUAAAGUCACACCGAAGAAGCCGCCGACAUAUAUAUCUAGUCAGCUGUAUAUCACAAUGCAGGAAUACACAUUACAAGUUGAUACACAUUUUCAAAACAGAUCUCUUCGAUGUGAAAGCGACGGCUUUUCUUAUGAUUCUGCCGAAAUAGAUUUAUUUAUUCCACCAAAUUCAAAACCUCUGUUUGCACUGCAAGGAGGGAUGGUAAUCAAUCACAUAAAUGUCAUUCCAGAAAAUUCUAAGCUUUCUAUCGUAUGUCUUAUUAAAAACAGGAUCUCACUUGUUUCUAAUAUUACUGUCGUCUGUUAUUUUCCAAAUGGAACCUGGUACCUUCAUAAACACAGUUCUUCAAAUGUUGUCGUUUUCACAAUUAACGGGGAAAAUCUUUCUCAUGACCUUGUCUGCAAUUGUUCGGCUCAUCAAGAUUCUGAUUGUUAUACCAAUUACACAAUUCUAACAAUUUCUGUCGAAGGAGCUAAUGAGAACCAAUUUGGAUUAGAAAUAGUGUUACCGACAGUAAUAGUAAUAGUCCCAGUUCUUUUGAUCCUUUUCUGUUGUGUCUUCAAAAAGAAAUGUUCUUGCUACAAGGAGAAAUAUUGCAUAUGUGGUAGGAAAAAAUAUAUCAAAGCUACUAGGACAAACGAUAUUUCAAACAACAGAGUUUCAACAGAAAUGGAUCUUAUCUUUCCAAUAGGACAUUCUCCAAAAGAGUGCUCAUCAUCACAAACCUUAGUGAAAACAAAAUUUGUCGACCAGAAAGACUUAAAACCGUCUAAGGAAUUACGCCCUGGAAGUGAAGUUGUCUCGGAGACGUACUCUUCAGAUAAAUCUGAAGAAAACAUACUACAGAAGAGUGUGAAGACUAUUGUCGAAAGACAUACAGAAGACGAAAGACUUGACAGAGCUGAAGGCGGUGCUAUCUCCGAUAUACACACGGAAAUUGAUAAUUUAAAAUCGCACAGAGAAAGUCGAGAUAUAAAUUACGCAAUUAACACCGAACUGUACUCUGAAGAUAUUUUAACCCCAUUUAAUCCUUCUGCUGAAGACUGCUGACUGACUAAGACUAAUCUGAAAAAGAAAUUAGGCUGCUCAAAAAGAUUUCAAAAUAUCGAUUAGGGCAUAAAAUCACUGAAAGCAUUUUAUAAUUUGGCAUUGUUCAUGCGUUAUAAUUUAUUUGCAAAACUACUUCUCGGAGAUCAUCCAUAUAAAAUUAAAAUAAGGCAGACAUUAUAUACGCUUACGUACAAGACAAAUGUGGAUUGCUAACAAAGAACGCGAGAUACACAUUUGAGACCAAAAGAGAAUCAAUCUAUGGCCGAGGACAGGCAAAAGAAGGCGAAAAGAAAACCCUAAAUCGACUGGCAGACAACGGUUAUGUCUUCGUUGGUAUGGGUCAAAAUAUGUAGGUCACAGCUGGCACUGCGUUGUCACAUGAACUACUGCACUCAUCAUUAAUCUUCAGUCUCAAAAGAAUAGUCUUAAGAUUAUUAAAUAAUUGGGACAGAAAGUGUAAGCUUUAUACCCAUAAGUCACACUUACAUUAACGAUCAGCCGUUAUAAGUAAAUACAAGACAUUGCUACUGCUUCUAUUAUUAUGUGUUGGAUAUUUCGUUACAUUAAUCUAUUAGGAUGGUGGCACCGCUUUAUUAAUUCUAAUCUAAACAAUAUAGUCUUGUUGUAGCAAUGCCAGAAUAUUAAAGAAAACUAAAGAACAUGGAACAUACUUCGUAGCGUCAGGCGCCCAAAAGAAAGGUAAUGUCAAGGAAGAAUGAAUUACUUGAGGCGUUUAGGUUCUGGAGUAUCUGCGAUAUUUUAUCUUUUAUUAUCACUGCCUGGUAUGGCAAUAUGAGCAUUAAAAAUUAAAAUAAACCAAAAGUCCAAAAUGCUGCUGGUAAAGUCAUUGGCAAAAAAAAACAAAAAAACCCACACUUGGGCAGCUGUUUGAUAAAAUCAUUCAUAAAAAAGCUAAAAAAAAAAGAGAUUUCAGAAUUAAAAAAUCACCCUUUGAGUCAGGAGUUUUGUGAAUCUACCAUUACAAAAGCGAUACAAGACACCGAUAGCAAAGACAAACAGACACAAACACUCUUUUGUUCCCCUGGCAAUCAAAUCAUUAAAUAGAAACAUUCUGAUAUAAAUAUUUUACAUGUACAUUUACUGACAUUUAGAGUGAGUCUGGCGUGAAUGUGUACAUUGUUUUUUUAAAAUUGUAAUUGUUUGUUUGGUGUAAUGCACAAAUUGU